AUGAUUCCAGUUCUCAAUCAUCUGGGGAUUGACAUUGCGUGUUACGGGAACCAUGACUUCGACUUUGGUGAAGCACGUUUGAAGGAGCUGUCGGAAGAGUGCAACUUCCCGUGGGUAUUGUCGAACGCGUACUCUCCGUCUGGAGGCCUUUUAGCGUCAGCGAACAAAUAUCUCGUCAGGGAGCACAAAGGUGACUGGCCGUCAAACUGUCAACACUUACCGCGCGGAACAGCCAUUGUGGACCCUGUGCAGACCGCUCAGGAGGUGGCCCACAUACUGCGAGAACGCGAAGGCGCCGACCUAGUCGUUGCAAUCACUCACAUGCGUCUCGAAGAAGACAUCAAGGUCUCUGAAGCUUGUCGUUCCAGUGUGGAUCUUAUCCUGGGAGGUCAUGACCAUGAUAUCGUCGUUCAUGGUGCCAACAUAAUGGUCGUGAACGAUGACGCUGAAGGCGACAUUCGCAUCGUCAAGUCUGGGACAGAUUUUCGAACGUACAGCAUUGUGCGUCUAGAAAUCGACCGUGGAUCGGAUAGAUGUAGAGUCCGAAAAGUUAGGGUGCAUCACGAGCGGGAUCCUUUGCGCGCAAGAGACCAUUCCGAGGACGAGGGCAUCAAUGACAUCCUUUGCACCGUCCAGGAAAGAAUAGCCUCCAUAUCCGAUGCUCGACUAUUCUACACCGCAACACCUUUGGAUGGACGCUCAGCGCAUAAUCAUAGCAUGCUCGCCGACGCAGUGAGAGCAUACUACGACACCGAUAUCGCGUUCGUCAACUCUGGAAGUAUACGGUGCAACAGGGUCAUCCCAGAAGGGGUUUGUACCGUUAGAGAUGUCAUAGAUAUCGUUCCCUUCGACAACGCCUUCGUCGUGAAGCGCCUGCCGAACGCGGCGCUCAUCACCGCAUUGGAAAAUUCUGUCUCAGAUGCUCGCACAGAUGGUCGAUUCCUGCAACUGUCCGGAAUGUCACUGCUUGUCGACUUGCGCCAGCCCAAUGGCAAUAGAGUUCUUCGCGCUACACUCGACUCGGGACAAGAGUUGAUUGAAGGUAGCAUGAAUGGCCCGAAGGCAUAUCAUACCGUGGCUAUGGUGGACUUUCUUGGACAGGGGUUUGAUGGGUACGUGGGUCUCGCGGUUGCUGAGACGUUGGUGGAUGCGGAGGGUGCAAUGACCGAUACAGCGCUGAUCAUGUCCGUCCUGCGAGGGGAAAAUGACCCGGAGGCGGAAAGAAUGGAGGAUGAUACUGAGGACAAAUUGAAGCGAGCACGGGUGGCUAUAGUUGUAGGUUUUCGGGAAGGACUGCCUGUGGUGAAACCAGAAUCAGAGAACCGCAUUAUAUUCACAUCUUGA